AGUGUGUGUGUGUGUGGGAGAGAGAGGGAGAGUACUCCCAGUGCAGUCUGACCAGUGUUUCGGUCUGCUUCUUGCUAUGUGGAUUACAGCUCCCGCUGCUUCCCGGAUUGCCAUUCCCAUUACUGGAAACUCGCAUUAAACAAGCACAGGAGAUUUCUAUCAGAGUGUGGACGUUUGCAGUUGAUUUAAACUUGUUGUAAAUGAGUAUGGAGAUGAAUGGUCGCUUCCUGCCGCCGUCAAUACCUGAGGAUGGAGAAGUCCCCGACCACGUUCUUCAUGGGGAGAUGAACGGUCACCACCUGAGGCUUCAGUGUGGUGACGGGGGAGAGGCUGAGGUUGCGGUGUCCAAGUCCCAGAGGCGAAAGAGCGAUGUCAAAGUCUAUAAGGAGUUUUGUGAUUUUUAUGCUCGCUUCAACAUGGCCAACGCUCUGGCCAAUGCCAUGUGUGAGCGCUGCAAGAGCGGCUUCGCCCCGGCUGAGAAGAUCGUGAACAGCAACGGGGAACUUUACCAUGAGCAGUGCUUCGUGUGCGCCCAGUGUUUCCAACAGUUCCCUGAGGGACUCUUCUAUGAGUUUGAGGGCAGGAAAUACUGUGAACAUGACUUCCAGAUGCUGUUCGCUCCCUGCUGCCAUCAGUGUGGUGAGUUCAUCAUUGGCCGUGUGAUCAAGGCGAUGAACAACAGUUGGCAUCCAGACUGUUUCUGCUGUGAUAUCUGCCAGGCUGUGCUUGCUGAUGUUGGAUUUGUUAAGAAUGCUGGAAGGCACCUGUGUCGUCCGUGUCACAACAGAGAGAAAGCUCGAGGCCUCGGCAAGUACAUCUGUCAGAAGUGUCACGCCAUUAUUGAGGAGCAGCCUCUGCUGUUCAAGAAUGACCCGUACCACCCUGAUCACUUCAACUGCAACAACUGCGGUAAGGAACUGACGGCCGAUGCCAGGGAGCUGAAGGGGGAGCUCUACUGUCUGCCCUGCCAUGACAAGAUGGGCGUCCCCAUCUGUGGAGCCUGUAGGAGACCCAUCGAGGGCCGCGUGGUUAAUGCCAUGGGCAAGCAGUGGCAUGUGGAGCAUUUUGUGUGUGCCAAGUGUGAGAAACCCUUCCUGGGACACCGUCACUACGAACGCAAGGGCCUGGCCUACUGUGAAACACACUAUAACCAGCUGUUUGGAGAUGUUUGCUACCACUGCAAUCGUGUUAUCGAAGGAGACGUGGUGUCUGCCCUCAACAAGGCUUGGUGUGUCAACUGUUUCGCCUGCUCUACCUGCAACACCAAGCUCACCCUCAAGAACAAGUUUGUGGAGUUUGACAUGAAGCCAGUGUGUAAGAAGUGCUACGAGAAGUUCCCUCUGGAGCUGAAGAAGAGGCUGAAGAAGCUGUCUGAAACGGUCGCACGAAAGUAAACACACAGUUGAGCAGCUGGAGAGAGAGAGAAAAGGGAUAACCGUGGCCAUGCAAGUCACAUUUCCAGGAUUGACAAUGUGUGUUUUAUAAAAAUUGGUAUGUUAAAUUUAGCUUCGUUAUUUCAGUGGAACACUCCACUUUUUGUCUUUUCGGUUACGGAGAAUAAAUUCAUGGAGCCUGAGGCUGACAGAUAGUUGUCCAGUCAGUCAGUCAGUAGGUUUAACGUUAACCUGUUCAGUGCCUUUUGGCUCAAAUACUGCACUGCGCUAUAUUUUUCACAUGCUUGCCUUAUUUACUCUAUAAAUAUAUAUAAAUAAACAAACACAAAUGAUGAUGGUCAUGUGUUUUCAAAAUGAUAAUAAUAAUAAUGAUAAUAGAAACGUGCUGAUAGGCUGUUAAACUUCUUCUCCUUUACUCUCUGUCUGAUUCAGGUUGUAUAAAAAUGGAGUAAACCCAAAGAAAGUUAAGAAACAUGCAGUUUUAUCGAUCAAGCAUAUAAUAUCUAAUAUUUCUUCCAUCAACAUGUCUUUGUAUUAUUAAUGUGUAUUUCUAACAACAUGCAAAUAAUAUAGUCAUAAUUUCUUUUUGCAUCUGCAGUUUAUUAACGUCAUACUGUAGCCGCCUUUACACGAUAGUGAUGGACUCCAUCACUUUGCAGUGCGUUGGAUUGCCUUAUUAUGUGCUAUGCAUUUUAUGUGUGAAACAAUCUCUAUGUAAACUGGUAUUUACACUGAAUUACCAGCUUAUUAGGCUCACUUUUACAAUCUGAUUAAUCCAACACGAAAGCCCUGAAAUAAAUCCCAAGUUUAUAAUGUUCAGUUUGUGUUUUGUCUGCUCCCAUUUACAGUAAAAUCAUGAGGGCUAAACAGAAUAUCACAAACAUCUAUCCUUUCAAAGUAAUGCAGUAAAAUUGAACCUCAUAACAUCUUAACAAUAGCCAUAGAAAUGAAGCAACACCUUGGUCAUACUGACAAGAGCUGAACACAAUGAGCUUUACAGUAACAAAAUUUAUCGCAUGGCAACUGGUAACUCUGCGCGUUACAACAUGACGGGUUGUGGCAUGUGCAGAGACCGGAUGUGUGAGUAAUUUAAGAUGUUAGAACAUGUGUCUCUCUGCUGUUUGUGAUCCAGAGAAAGUGAUCCUCUUAGUGAGGUGUACCGACUUCCUCAGGGCUCAGACCCUCUUAAGAAUGUAAGCCAACCGUUAUGAAUGGGAAAGAAUAAUUUCCAUUCAGAAAAUGUUUCACUCCAGUAGUAUUUUAUCGUAGAACGCUUAACUUUUACAUAGUUUAAUAGAAAAGACACAUUCCACUGUUUUAUGGAAAUGUAAAGCCUGUUACUGGUGCAAGUUUCACUACCUAUGUCACAACUUUUCUCGUAUGUCACUCAGAAGUAAAACUAUCCACUGGGCAGUUUCUUGGGAAACAGAACUUCAACUCUACUAAAAAUAGUCCAGUGGAUAGUUUUAGUUGACAUCUCACUACCUGGGAGGCUGAAAUGACUGCACACAGACAGACACUGCUCUUACACUAUAUUUUAUUGUCACAAUGCUUAUCAAGAGACAGUAUUUAUUCAUGUAUACACACCAAAGUGCAUGUUCUAGUCUUGAAUGGAGAGUUAUUUUUCAUUAUGUCUAAGAUAAUUCUGUCAACUCAUCUGAAUAAACGUCUCUGUCAAUGCC